UGUCCAUUUGAGCCCGGUAAUUAGCCUAGCUGAAUUGUUUGCUUUGACCACCGCUUGGCCGAUGUGUUGUAUCCUAGUCAUCAUGCAACUGCUCGGAUCCGUUUCUGCAAUUGCUCUGUUUGCGUCGAUGCGUCAUAGAACUGCGCAGAUACAGAUGCCGAUAAUACUGCAGGAUAUCACAAUGGACCGCACGGGAGCUGCUUACCACCUGGUGCUAAUGCAGUUCAUUGGUACUCUGCUGGUAGUGGUCAGUCAUCUGUUGCUGACCAGACGAACAGGUAGUGGAUUGACGGCACUGGCACGCCCGGCAGCUAGUCCAGCGCCAAUAGCCGCAGCUGUUUUUCUUUCUUCUUUGCUAAAUUCAACCAAUGGAUGGAAUCCGCUUGUUGCAUUUGCAUUGGCCAGCUAUGACAGCAUUGGUUGCGAUUUCGGUGCCAUAAAAAGACAUGCUAUAUUUUGGAUUGGACCUUGCUUAGCUACACUUUUCGCAUGUUUUUUGUACAGGUUAGCCUUUGCACGUUGCUCACACCUUAUAUUUUUGUGCAUUUUUUGAAG